AUGAAAUCCAAGAGUAGAUCCGACUCGAGUUCAAAGUCGAGAUCUCAGUCGAGAUCCAAAUCCAAACCGCGAGUCAACGGCAAUAUCUUCGAGCGGGUCAGCGAUGAAGCGGAGGAUAAGCUGUUCCGAAGCGAUCCCAUUCUUCCGACGACUCAUGAAAUCCAUUACAACAUUGAGCCGAGUCUUCGGCGAAACCUGACGAGAGGUACGUUUAAGUCGGUGGACAGGUAUCUGAGCACUCACUUCGGCCUACUUCGCGAGGACCUCAUCUGUUCCCUGAGGAAUGGUAUCAACGAAUACAUGCACUCCGGCGGAAGGGUUCGUCGCAUCAAAGACAUCAAGAUUUACCGCAACGUCUCAAUCAUCCAAAGGAGUGACUCUUCGCUGUCUUCAUAUUACGCCAGACUUGAUGUCCAAGAGUUGCCGCCAAUUGACUGGAGGUUCUCAAAGCGUCUGAUUUACGGCUCAUUGCUAUGUCUUUCGGCCAACAAUUUCAAGACAUUUUGCUUCGCGUCAGUCGCCGGUCAACGCUCUGCAGAACUCUUAGCUAAAGGUGUCUUUGAAUUGGAUUUCGAGUCCGAAGGGCUGACCGAUGAGUUCAAACACAUCGACCACAACAAGACGUUUGUGAUGAUCGAGUCGGAGGUAUACUUUGAGGCCUACAAACACAACCUGAAGGCGCUCAAGAAGUUGACAAACAACUCGUUUCCGUUUAAGGAGCAUAUCAUUGAUCUUCGGUGGCAGUCAUUGCGCCCCAAAUACGUGACAACGGAUACGAUGUAUGACUUGAGAGGUGUGGUUAAGGCGACCGAUUCAACGGACGCCGACUCUUAUAAAUCGGUGAAACUCUUGUCGAAGAAAGAGUGGCCGAAACUGAGUGCCACUCAAUUCGAUGACUCCCAGUACGAGGCCUUCACUGCGGCCCUCAUGAGUCGCUUUGUCUUAAUUCAAGGCCCGCCCGGAACCGGUAAGACAUACGUGGGCCUCAAGAUUGUGGAGAUCCUACACCAGAACCGUAUGGCCUGGAAGUCCUCGAAGAGUAACAAACCAAUUAUGAUUAUCUGCUAUACGAACCACGCGUUGGAUCAGUUUCUGGAAGGGAUGCUUGAAUUUACGACAAAUAUUGUGCGAAUCGGCAACAGAUCCAAGAGCGAGAAACUCGAAGAAUACACGUUGAGUGCCAUUAAACUGAAAAACAAAGAUCUCUGUCCUAAAGAACUGAAUUACAAGAUCGCCCUCUCGUUCAACAAAUUGGAAGACAUUCAGACAGAGAUCAGACAAAUCGAUGAGGAGAUCCACAACUGUUCCAUGGAUUUACUGAAUCCCGAGUAUCUGCUGAAAGCGCCCAAUACUGACACAUGGAUUAAAGAACAGAUAAACUCUUUGCUCAGAAACUAUUCAAAUGAGUUUGAUUUGGCGCUAAUCCAAUGGAUAGCGAACUGCGAUUGCGAUAACAGAACUGAAUUGAAAAGCGAUUAUAAGACUCGCAAUCAUAAGACUCGCAAUCGGUUUGAAUUGUUGACUCAAAUGGACGAAAACGGCGUUAAGUUUGGCGGCGAUGUACUAGAAGUCGGCGAUCAAGAGGUGAUGCGAUUGAUUGACUCCCGAGAAGUGGAUGAAGAGUUUGAUGUGGACCUCAAAAAAUCACUCAAAGAGAGUGAAUGCAAAGAAAGCAAUACUAUAUUCUCGAGUAAUAAGAAGUCACUGAAGCGGAUCUCUAAGAAAGUUCUCAAUGGAUUACAACACGCGAUGGUCAGUGAGUUGUUGUCCAACUCAGUGAUGACUUAUGGCGAGGCGUAUCUCAUAUCAGAUGUGACACAAUUGACUUAUAAGGAUCGGUGGAGACUCUACCGACUGUGGGUUCAAGAGUACAUCAAAUCUCGAAAAUUACGGUUUGAUUAUCUGUACCAACGAUACGAAGAUGAGGUGCCAUUCCUCAAGAACUUGUGUUUACAAAAGAAUAUGUAUUUGAUUGGUGGCCGAGAUAUCGUGGGAAUGACUACUACCGGUGCGGCGAAGUAUAGACACAUUAUGGAAGCAAUUGAUCCGCAGAUAGUGAUCGUAGAAGAAGCGGCUGAAGUGAUGGAGAGUCAUGUGAUCACUUCGUUGACUCAAAACACGGAGCACUUGAUUCUGAUCGGAGAUCACAAACAAUUGCGACCACAACCGGCUGUCUAUGAGCUUUGCAAGUGGUAUAAUCUGGAUGUCUCUCUGUUUGAGCGCAUGAUUAACAACGGAAUGCCAUUCAAACAGCUGAGACUUCAGCACCGGAUGAGACCAGAGAUCUCCAAACUCUUGGUUCCCAACAUCUAUAAACAUCUUGAAGAUCACGUUAGUGUCAAGAAUUACGGAGACAUUAAAGGGAUUAAGCAAAACAUGUAUUUCUUAAUGCAUUCCUCACUGGAGUCCGGAAGAGAUGACAGAAUGAGUAAAUCAAAUGAAUUCGAGGCCAGACUUGUCGUGCGUUUGGCUAAACAUCUGUUAUAUCAGGACUACGACAAGAGUCAGAUGACAAUCUUAACGCCCUAUUCAUCUCAACUCAUUCUAAUCAACCGAAUGCUAAGAAAUGAUCCCAUAUUUGAAGGAAUGAGAGCUAAUAUUGUGGACAACUUUCAGGGCGAAGAGAAUGACAUAAUUCUGUUGUCUUUUGUGAGAAGUAAUGCCACGAAUGAGAUCGGAUUCCUGAAGACAUCGAAUCGCGUGAAUGUCGCCCUUUCCAGGGCUAAGAGUGGACUCUAUUGUGUCGGAAACUUUUCGUUUCUCUCCAAAAACAGUCUCCUUUGGACUCAACUCACGGAUUAUACUAAAAGUGUGAAUGCAAUCGGAGAUGAACUGCACCUCUGCUGCUCUAAUCAUCCAAAUUCUGGUGAUAUAUGUGUCAAAACUGUUGACGAUUUCAGAGAUAAGUCCCCAUACGGUGGGUGUACUGAGAGUUAUACUCACGACUUGGAGUGCGGUCACCGGUGCUCACGAACUAUCUGUCAUAUCAGUCACCAACAGCUUAAAUGCCAAAUAAAUUGCUCCAAAGUAUUGGAUUGCGGACACGUCUGUCCCAAUAGGUGCCACUUUCCCGAUGAGUGCGGCGGUUGUGCUGUUUUGGUCACCAAAACUGUUCCCAAAUGUGGUCAUGAGAUCGAGGAGUUGUGCUCAUCCAAUAUGUACUGCUAUUUCCCGUGCGAUAAAACCCUUGAAUGCGGCCAUAAAUGUGACAACUCUUGUGGUGACGAAUGCCAAACGAACUGUACGUAUAAAGUGGAGAAAACUGUCCCCCAAUGCGGUCAUACCAUGAAGUUUGGCUGCUCUGAAAGUCCGGUUAGGACUGUUUGCUGCCAAGACAUCAAUACAUUGACGUGUGAGGACAUUGUGGACAUAGAGCUCGACUGCGGACACGUUUUCAAGAUUCCCUGCAAUCAGAAGAAGUAUUUCAACAAAUCCGCUGAACAUUGCAUUAAAGUCUGUGAUAAGCAGUUGGUUUGCGGCCAUCGAUGCGAGGGUUCAUGUGUUGGAUGCAAUCAAAGUCGACUUCACGUGAGUUGCAAACAAAAAUGCGACCGAAUGCUGAUCUGUGGCCACAAAUGUGAGGGUAUUUGCGGCGACAACUGUUCCCCAUGCGAUCAACUCUGUCAGAAUCGCUGCAGACAUACCGCCUGCGCCCACACCUGCAGUCAGCCAUGUAUUCGUUGCCCGAGAGCUUGUCACUGGAAAUGUUCACAUAAGAAGUGCACUAAAAGAUGUUAUGAAGAGUGCGAUCGCGAGUACUGUCCGAUGGCCUGCAAUAAGAACUUGGAAUGCGGUCACAAAUGUAUUGGUAUUUGCGGUGAAAAGUGUCCCGACUUUUGCUUUACUUGUAAUAAACCGCAAAUCAAUCACUUGAUUGGUGUCGCGAAUCUGUAUGACUCAGAGAUAACGGAAUCGAAAUUCAUUGCAUUAGAGAAUUGCGAGCAUAUCAUUGAAGUGAAUUCAUUGAACCACUUGUUGACCACUACUUCACCGCAAAGUCGAGAGAUAUUGAAGAGAUGUCCCAAAUGUGAAACUCUGAUCACUCGAUGCCAAGCAUUCAAUAAUGUAAUUCAGAGUCAGUUUCAGAAGCUGUUUGAAUUGAAUCGAAAGAAUUUGUGCUUAAAUGACGAGAAUUUGCCGAAACAGAAGCGAUUGAAUCAAAACGUUACAGACAUCAGGAUUAUGUCGCCUAAUAAUCGUAUGAUUCGCCCGAUUAUCACAAAAUUGUUGAAUGAUUUGCAAAACGAGACGCAAAUCCGAUCCGAAAUGUAUGCACUCCUGUCUGUCGAGCAGUUGUCUGUCAUUGAGAACAAAGUCUUAAUAAUGAAGUAUUUGUUUGAAAUGUUGGCGGAACUACCCCUGAAAUGCCGACUCAUGUCUAAUGUGCAACAGUUGACAGAAAUGCCGCAAUUCUUCAGACGAAUGAAGAAGUUUUUGUUUUUUAUUGGCACUGAUUUUGGCAACACUUUGCAGCAAAUCGAUGACUGCCAGCGUGAGCUCCGAUUCUAUGUAUUUUAUGGCAAACUCCUGAUCGUAUCACUUGAAUGCGAGGGUUCCGGUGAUCCCGACAGACGCCAACAGUUGACUGAUGUAUUUGAUUGGGCUUUGAGUACCAGUGCUUUCACUCAAGAUGUUGAACAAGAAUUCAAAGCAAAAGUUGAGAAAGUUUUAGGCAAAACACCGGAGUUGACAGACAUUGAGAUCAAAUUGGUGGCUAAACCGUGA